UUUUCUACAUUUGUCGGCAUGCGCAUGCGCGACAGUGGCGUUAAUCUCGAUAUGUAUUCGCGCUUUCCACGAUGUCGGAGAACAGCGAACACCCGCCCGACGACAACGAGGCAGAGACUAAGGCGAUGGAGGAUUUACCUAACGAUUCGUCCAAGAGCGAGGUGAAAUUGAUGAAUCGAACAGAGAUGGCCAUGCUGGAGGACGAGGAGAUGCCGACGUAUAUCAGCGUCUCCAGCACCUCGAGACGCGACGACUCAGACGUCAUUAACGCGAAGCAGCAGGAGAAUAUGUCCCAGGAGAUGGAGGAAGAUUGUAGUCCAAGUCCUUAUCCUAGUGACGAUCAAGCAGCAAGCAGCGUGUAUGUUUUGUCAUCCGAAGAAGAUACCGAUCAGCAUCCUUACAAUGAUGAAGAUGACGAAGAUGAAUAUGGUGAUAGUGAUGAUAUGGAGAAUUUGGAGCUUGACAACGAUAUGGAUUCAGAAGAUCCAAAUAACAUGAGGCAUUUAAUGGAUGAAGAAGAUGAUGAUGAGGAUGACGAAAAUGAAAAAGAUGAUGAAAAAGAUUUUCGACAAAUAUAUAGCAAUGAUGAUGGUACCUUUGAUGAUAAUUUUGAAUUACAUUACGAUGGAAGAUCCGAUGAUUUUCUCUUAAAUAGAAGAAUAAAAAAUCGUGACAAAGAAAAGAGCCUUUCUCUUCAAGACUUGAAUAUGUCCAAGAAGAAAAUGGAAUAUAUUCAAAGAAGAUAUUCACAUAGGCAAUAUACUCCAUAUAAACAAUUGGUAAAAAUAGAUCCUGAAAUAUAUCCCGUGUUGUAUGGAAAGCAACCAACGUUAGAAAGGUAUGAUCAUGUACAAAGCAAAGUCAAACUCUAUAUUAAAGAUAUAAAAGAACAAAAUAGACGUUCUGUGGAAAAACAUAUGAAGCAAAAUCAGGAAGAUACAAACCAUAGUAAAAGUAACACUAAUCAUAAGAACAGCGAUAUAAAAGAGAUAAAGCCUACAAUAACCAACAAGACAAUAAAGGAUUAUGCGAAAAGAACAAUUAAAGAAUUGGAAAUUGCAGAAGCGUGUGAGGGAGAUAAAAUAACUUACAGUACUUCUCCAAUAAUAUUAAAUGGUCAAGAUAAUAAAAAUUAUUUAGAAUCAAUACAGGAAGAAUCUACACAGAAUGAGAGAAAUUCUGUAAACAUUCUAGAUAAAAUGCAAAAACAGAAUGGAACAAUUGAAGAUAAACAAUUAAAGCUUAAUUUUUCUGAUGAGGAAGUCUCACAUUAUGCGAAUGCCAUGCAACCAUCUCUUGUCUCAAAUGAUCAUCAAGAAGAACCAACAGUACUUUUCAAUUUGCGUACAUUAAGUUGUGAGGAGUUUAAGCAUGGCAUUUCUAAUUCUAGUCAAAAAAUUAAUCUAAAUAAGAAUUCAAAUGUUACUGAGCAAGAACAUAAUCAAUCUGAAACAUACAAUAAUGCAGAACUGAUGGAUGUGUCCAUAGAUAAUCAUGAUACAACUUGUUCCUUAAAAAUUGAGAAUAUUAAGAGCAUUAAGACAAUGGCAGAUGAAGCCAAAAAUAAUAACGAGCAAAUAAACUCAGAUAAAGUAAAUGAAUUUAGUAAGACAGCUCCAGAUACUUUGGAAAUUACCGCAUUAAAAGAUCAAUUAGGUGACGUAAUUCAGAAAAAAGAAAGGUUGUUUAACGCAUUUCGAGAACAAGUUAUCGAGAAUUUAUUAUUGAAAGGCACGAUAGAACAGCUGAGUGUAUCUUUAGCAAAAUAUGUAGCUAAAGAACAGAAAGUUGCAUCAGUUCAAACAGAUGAUAUUGACAUCACACCUGAGAAACACCAAAUAUCAAUUCAAACAGAUAUUGACACUGCACCUGAAAAAUACCAUAAGGAAACAGAAUCGACACACAUAAAGCAAUCUAACAAUAAAAUAUUAGGUAGUAGUGUCGCCUCAACACUAAGCUCUAUAGAGUGGAGUGACAGUGCUAAUUUAUCGAUAUCUAUGAAACCACCUGAAGUAGUAAAAGCAUUACAUUCUGAUGAUAGUAUAGUGUUGACCAAUGGUACACCAGCAAAAACAACACGUUCACUGUCUCGCACGUUUAUUACUUCGUCUCGAAUUUUACAAACUCUUUCAAAUAUUACACAAGGGAAAACAAAAUUAGAAAGUCCUCUAGUACAAAAUUCAAAGAGAAGAUUAAGUGAGAAUACAAUGUUAGAGCUGCAAAAUGAUGAUGGUAGAUGUCAAAUCGUCAAUGGUAGUUGUCGACCAUCUAGCUCUAAGAAAAGGAAGAUUGCGGAUAUUCUUGAACCAUCUAAUUCUCUAUCUUGCAAAGCUUCCCAAACUACUGCAGAAUCACACCUAAAAUUAAAUGAUAUGCACAAUGACUCACAGUUCAAACAUCCAUGCAAUUCAGUAAAUGAGAAAGUGGAAUCACAGGAAAAUUCAUCUAAUAUCAACACAAGCCAAUUAGAAACUACUUCUAUGACAGAAAACAUAACGGAAAAUGCUGAUGAUCAAGAGGAUAAUGUGAAAUGCUUUGUAUAUCACGAAAAUGAAAAUAGUAAAGAUCAUAGUUUUCUAAUCAUAGCAAAAGAACCUACAAAAGAUAAGACUGUUAAUGAAAAAAGACGAGAAGGUGGUCCAUACAUAGUUGGUAAUAUAGAAGUAAGAAUGUCUGAAAUAAAUGGAACAAUCAACAUUUGGGGCAAAGAAAUCAGCCAAGAAUCUACAGCUGAAACUGAAAAUGAAAUAGAAACAUCGACUAAAGGGAUAGAUGAUAAGAAGUAUCACUGCUGGCAAAAGACACCACAUACCAGAUUUAAUGGCAGUAAUUUAGUAUGUUCAACAAGUAAAAAAUGCAAAACUCCCCCUGCAUUUGACCUCUCUUCAGCUGUAUCUAAUUUUUCAUGUGCACAUUCACCUUCGUUUAAUAUGGCAAAAGCGUCCUGUUCAACAGAUAAAAACUAUGUGGACAAUCUACUUAGCCCAAACGCAUGUGUUUCUUCUUGUGAAAAUUGUGAAUUGUCAAAAGAUCGUAAAGAAUGGCUAACAUAUAAACAAACACGUAGCCAAGAGAAAUUACAUUCCUGUUGCAUUCAUAAUGUAGACAUGUUAGAGCAGAAUUGUUCCUUACAUAAAGAAAAACAGAAGUUUGAAGAUAAUUUUAAUCGUAGCAAAGAAAAAUUAAGCACCAAGGAACAUCGCCGAAGUUUUUCAAGAAACUUAGAACCUAACAAGCAUUUACAUAAAAAUAUUAAUCCUGCUACAGAAGAACCUACAUGUAAAUGUCACACGGUAUGUCAUGACACACUACAUGAUCCAGGAGAAACUUGUCAAGAGAGUCAUAAAUAUUGUAAUACGUUGAAAGGAACUUGUACAUGCGAGCCAUUAUCAAUGAAUACAGAUCGAGAGUAUAACGAAUCAUGUAAUCAUCUUUCUCCUAAUGUACAUGAAGAACAACCGUUGAUAGCAUUAAAACAAUGUAGUGAAACACCAGAGACGAGACGACGAAGGUUAACUGGGAAAAAGGUACGAGGAAUUUUAAUGGAUCUUUUGCGAGGAUGCGGAGAUUGUUACAAUUCCAAUCCAUCUAAUAGUAAUAAAAGUUGUAUUCACAAGAAGGAAUCUUGUUUAACGAGUGGUCCUUCACAAAUCAAAAUUUCGCCAUGUACAUCUCCGGAACCAUCAUGUUCAAACCCAGGACAACCUGUUGGAAGAUGCUGCCAUGCUUAUGCACAGCGGAUUGAAUCUCAGCUGGAAGAAUUUCGAGUAGAAAUGGAAAAUUUGUAUGCUAUGAGCAAAUAG